AUGGCGAGGCCUAAUUCUAAGCAUUCUCGUCUUUCUCUUUUCUCCUCCUGUCUUGUGCUCAGUCUUCUGCCUUCACCUCCAGCUGGAGACGGUCGACCGAGACGCCGACUCGGAAGAUUUAAUGUUUCACUCUAUUCUGGAGCAUCCGCUGUUGGCAACGAAAAGGCAAGUUCUGCAUCAACAUCAACAUUUCAAUGUGUGCAUUCCGGAAUGGGUGGACCGAGGCAACGUCUCUCAUUCUAA